CCGUCCCCCUCCGCUCCGCCGGGAGCGCGGCCUCGGCGGCGGCCGAGCCCCGGGGCGGCCCGGCCCGCGAUGGAGCGCAGCGCAGAUUGAUGGGGAGGUGCUGAUCCGACCUCAGGCUGGGGAGGGACCCAUGAGCCCACGGCCUCGGCUAUGGACGGCGUCCUGUCGGAUUUUGUUCGCUCGACGGGGGCAGAGCCGGGACUGGCCAGAGACCUGCUGGAAGGCAAGAACUGGGACCUGAGUGCAGCCCUGAGUGACUUUGAACAGCUCAGGCAAGUGCACGCUGGGAAGCUGCCCCAUUCCUUCAGCGAGGGGCAGAGCUGCAGAGCCCCCGAGGAGGCGGCUCGUCCCGCGCGGCCGCCGCUGCAGCGCCAGGACGACGUCGUGCAAGAGAAGCGCCUGUCCCGGGGCAUCUCCCACGCCAGCUCCAGCAUCGUGUCCCUGGCUCGCUCCCACGUCUCCAGCAAUGGCAGCAGCAGCGAGCACGUGCUGGAGAUGCCCAUCUGCACCUUCCAGCUGCCCGACCUCACCGUGUACAGCGAGGGCUUCCGCAGCUUCAUCGAGCGCGACCUCAUCGAGCAGUCCAUGCUGGUGGCGCUGGAGCAGGCAGGUCGUCUGAACUGGUGGGCAAACGUGGAUCCCAGUUGCCAAAGGCUCCUUCCCCUGGCCACCACGGGCGAUGGGAACUGCCUGCUGCACGCUGCCUCCCUGGGGAUGUGGGGUUUCCACGACCGUGACCUCGUGCUUCGGAAGUCCCUUCACACCCUGAUGGAUAAAGGCCAGGAGAGGGAAGCCCUGAAGAGGAGGUGGCGUUGGCAGCAGACACAGCAGAACAAGGAGUCUGGCCUGGUUUAUACAGAAGAGGAGUGGCAGAAGGAGUGGAAUGAGCUGAUCAAGCUGGCAUCCAGCGAGCCUCGAGUGCACUACGGCAGCAACGGGCCUGGCUGCGGGGGCCUUGAGAGCUCGGAGGAGCCGGUGUACGAGAGCCUGGAGGAGUUCCACGUCUUCGUCCUGGCGCACGUGCUGAAGAGACCCGUCGUGGUGGUGGCUGACACCAUGCUGAGGGACUCAGGGGGGGAAGCCUUUGCCCCCAUUCCCUUUGGAGGGAUUUAUCUGCCCCUGGAAGUCCCAGCCAACAAAUGCCAUCGUUCUCCUUUGGUACUGGCUUAUGACCAAGCCCAUUUCUCUGCCCUGGUGUCCAUGGAGCAGAAGGAACCCACAAAGGAUCAAGCUGUGAUCCCCCUGACAGACUCUGAGCACAAGCUGCUGCCCGUGCACUUCGCCGUGGAUCCGGGGAAGGAGUGGCAGUGGGGGAAGGACGACAGUGACAACGUCAAGCUGGCCAGUGUGACACUGUCCCUGGAAGCCAAACUGCACUUGCUGCACAGCUACAUGAAUGUGAAGUGGAUCACGUUGCCUUGUGACACACAGGCUCCUUUGGCCCAGCCAGAGUCCCCCACGGCCUCAGCAGGUGACGAGACGCGUUCGGCCGCCGAGUCGGGAGAGUCGGACAAGGAGUCUGUGUGCAGCAGCUCAGCCAGCAAUGGUGGCAGCAGGGGCUGCAGGGACAGGGAGAAACCAAAGAAAGAGCGAGAGAAGGAGAAGGAGAAGGAGAAGAAACGAGCAGAUUCAGUGGCCAACAAGCUGGGCAGCUUCGGCAAGAGCCUGGGCAGCAAACUCAAGAAGAACAUGGGCGGCCUGAUGCACAGCAAAGGCACCAAGGGCGGCGUCGGCAACGGGCACGGGGACACCCUGGAGAAGAAGAAGAAAGGAUCCUUGAAGGCAAGGAAAGGCAGCAAAGAGGAAUCUCCCCCAGGUGACGUGUCAGCUCCCCUGGACAAGAGCUGCCAGGGCAGGGGCGGCGAGAAGGAGGGCGGGCGGUACGGCAGCGACGUGCGGCUCAGCCUGGGCCUCCUGCGCGCCGCCAUGCAGGGAGAGCGCAAGUUCAUCUUCGCAGGGCAGCUCAAGACGAGCACCAGGCACCAGUUCCAGGAGGAGAUGAUCCAGAGGUACCUGCUGGAUGCUGAGGAACGCUUCCUGGCCGAGCAGAAGCAGAAGGAGGCCGAGAGGAAGGCGGCGGGCGGCGCCAGGAGGCCGGAGGCAGAGGUGAACGCUGCCAGGGGCGAGGAGGCCAUGCCCAGCCCCGGCCCCGCUCAGCCUCCUCCCGCCCACACGCCGGAGCCGCCCGGGGCCCGGGGCACGGCGCUUCCCUCCGGCUACUGCGGCGUCUUCACCUUCCCCAGACCGGCCGUGGCGGAGGGGCCCCGGCCCCCCGGCUCCCAGGACGGCAGGAGGCAGCUUGCUGGGGGCUGCGGCCUCCCUCCCUACGCCACCUUACCCAGGCACUGCGGCCAGCCCCGGGCACACCCCCCCCAGCCCGACCCGACCCUCCCGCGGUUCCCCCCCGCGGACACGGAGCUGCCUCCCUCUGCCCCCGCCCGGUGCGACGGCUCCAGCCACCUCCCCCCGCACAGCAACGGCUACCGGGAAGGGCUGGAGCAGGAGGGCUCGGGCAGAGGAGCCCCAGUGGACAGAGGCAAAGGCAGGGCCCCGUACCACGUUCACCAGACCAAAUGCAAACAGCCCAACUGCGGCUUCUACGGGCACCCGGAGACGGGCAACUUCUGCUCCUGCUGUUACAGGGACGAGCUGAGGCGCAAGGAGCAGGAGGCUCUGGUGCACAGGUUCUGAGCCAGCUCGGCUGGGGGAUGCAAGAGCCUGGGGUCUGAGGGGAUGGGGGAGGUCGACACCUUCCCCUCCCACCCCCACACUCUUCCUGGGUGUGCAAGGAAGGGCUUUGGCCGGGUGAGGCUGAGAGAUUGGCGAUGGAGGGGAGGGGGAGAGAGAGAGAGGAGAGCAGAAAACACCCCUGCAGAGGGAGGCAGGACGAGAUGCUUUUGCAGAGGUUUUCUUCCAGGUGCCCAGGAUCUGCAGGGGGUGUCUCAGGUCAGGGCAGGGGGUGGAGAUGGGGGAGGGAGGUUGUUACUUCAGAAGGAUUCGAUGAACCAGACCAAAGCUUUGGGGCGAAGGCACCCGCCGGGACACUCCUGCCUGACCCCCAGCAGCAGCUGCCCUCCAGCAGCACAGCCAGGCUGAGCCCCACAGCCCCGUGUGGGGAGCUCGGGCUUGGGCUGCUGGGACGGGGGGUGGGGUUUUUAACCCCCUUUCUUCGUUUGUUUUGUUUCCUCUUCCUUGUGGCUGGUACCGAGAGUGACUUUGGGAUGGGAUGGAAUCGGGCUGGGGGCUGGUGAAUUUCAGCCCUGUCAGAUGUCUCAGAGCAUCUCUGAGCAGCUGAGCUCGGGGCUCUGCCCCCCCCAGGGGCUCAGCUCUGCCUCUAAAACCUUCUGAACUCGGUGUGGGGGGUGGGGAGGCGAAGGGGGGCGAAGGCGCCGCUCAGGGCUCGGCCUGGGGUUUGUGUCCUUGGAACUCUGCACAAAACCCAACAGCACGAGAGGAGAAGACAAAGGUCAGUGUCUCCACUCAGCAAUAACCAUCCGAGUGGGGGAAGCAGGGAGGACAGAGAGCCUCCAGCCCCGCAGCGGAGCCCACGGGAUGCCCCUUCCUCCAGCCCUGUACCUACCUCUGUUCUGCUGCAGCCAAUUAACUCGGCUCCAUUUUGCUGAGCCACCUUUAACUGACCUUUAGGCUGAGGGAAUUCAAAGCUGUUUUCAGGGGGUUUGGGGGUUUUUUGGGGGGGUUUUUUUGGGCUUUUGGUUUUUAAUCAUAAUAGGGCUUCAAAGAGCUGAACCAUUUAAAGGUGAAUCCCCCCCCUCCCCCUCCUGGACUAACUCCCUGCUGCCCUUCCCUUCAGGAUGGGCUCCUUUAGCACUGCAACGUUUGCACAGAUCUCUGGGGGGGGUUCUGGGGGAGUGGGGGGGAAGGGUUGUAACCACAGCUCCCAAACCAGCCUCAAUCCUGUCCAAGAGCAAAGGUUCAAGGUUUUACCACCUGAGAAAUAAACCACAGAUUGUUACCCA